GCAGCCUCACAAGGGCAUUUCUAGAUACAAUCAUCUCCUAUAAAAUCCUUGGAAAUCUUAAGCUGAUUUCAGACCAAAAUUAAUUUGGACAAAAAAUGGGUAGAUUUGUUCUGCUGUCAGUGUUUUUGUUAAGUCUAUUAGGAGGUGCAGUUGCUCAGCAGUGUGGCUCGCAGGUUGGUGGCAAGACUUGUCCUGGCAACAUCUGUUGCAGCCAAUAUGGGUACUGUGGCACCACCGAUGACUACUGUUCUCCCUCAAAGAACUGCCAAAGCAACUGCAAAGGCGGCGACUCUGGUGAAAGUGCUUCGAAUGUGCGGGCAACUUACCAUUACUACAAUCCGGAGCAACACGGAUGGGAUUUGAACGCAGUGAGUGCCUAUUGUUCUACAUGGGAUGCUAGUAAGCCCUAUUCAUGGCGGAGUAAGUAUGGUUGGACCGCCUUCUGUGGCCCUGUUGGGCCUCAUGGCCAAGCUGCUUGCGGCAAGUGCUUGAGGGUUACAAAUGCGUGGACUGGGGCUCAACAAACUGUGAGGAUUGUAGAUCAAUGCAGCAAUGGAGGGUUAGAUCUGGAUAUUGGAGUGUUCCAAAGAUUGGACACAGAUGGAAGAGGAUAUGCACAGGGCCACCUGAUUGUGAACUACCAGUUUGUUGAUUGCGGAAAUGAAAUCAGUAUCACUGGACCGUCUUUUCUGAAAGAAUUAGUGGAGGCUUAGACUUUCAUCCUGUGUGUUUAACUUUAAAUCUAAUCAGGCUGAAUUACCUGAAAAAAAUAUAAUAAAUAAAUCAAUGAAGUGACUUCGGAUAAUCUCCUGAUUAUGCAGUGUAAGUUUGCUUCAGCUCUGAAAUAAUUUCUUGAACAAAAUAGUUUUCCUAAA